GGACUAGUUUCCAGUCUCGGCUAUCUUGCGUUGCUCCUACCCCCCCAAAGCGUGCAAGAACGGCGCUCCAUCCUGUAUUUUAUAUUGUUUUCUCUAGGCGCUCAAGGUAGAAGACGGGGAGCAACUGCUACAACAGCCAUCGCUGUCCGUUUCAAUCAUGCCGCAGCAGCAAAACCAGCAGCAGCAGCAGCAGCAGCAGCAUCCGCUUCUCCGUCCGCCUCCACCUCCGCUCCCGAUCCCCCUCCUGCCGCAACAAUCCGCUCCCCCAUCGCUUCCGCCACUGGCGCAACUCUCGGCGCAGCAGCAGCCGCAACAUCCGCAACAGCCGCUCCAGCAGCCACCGCAAUGCGAUCAGCCGUCUAAGCCGAGACCAGCACCGCCGGCGGCGGCGGCCGCGGCUGCGCCACUCGCGGAGCAAGUUCGCGCGGGUUUCGCGAAGCUCCACGGCGAAGAUUUCGAGUAUUUCGUGCAGUCGUAUUCGAUCGUGCUCGGUCGCAACAGCAAGAAGUCGUCCGUCGAUCUCGACCUCUCGGCGCUAGGCGGCGGGAUGAACGUCUCGCGAAACCAUGCGAAAAUCUUCUACGACUUCGCCGCUCGCGAAUUUCGCCUGGAAGUGCUCGGGAAGAACGGGGUGUAUGUGGACGGGCAGCCGAAAUCUUCUGGAUCUGACCCGGUCCCGCUGAAAUCCCAGCAGCUGCUCCAGGUAGGGGAUAAACGGUUCUUUUUCCUCCUUCCCGCCAAGAAUCCCCAACCUCCUGCCAAACCUGGACCACUGCAUCAGGUUCGGCCACCACCCGGGCUGACUUCAGGUUCGGGAGGAGGGCUCAGCCAAUUGGGCUCUGCUUUGGCCGCAGGAUCGGUACCCAGACCUCUGGCGCGUGCCUCGGGAUCAGGCUCGGGAAUGGCUGCAGGUACUAAUGGUGCUAUGACUGGUGGUGGGGAUGCAACCCCCCCUAGUGCACUGGCGGCUGUCGCUGCUGCUGCUGGCGCUAGGGUCUUACCUCCCCCUUAUCUUCCACAUAUUAAUCAACCACCCCACAAUGCACCUCCUCCUCCUCCCAAUCAACCUCCCCCGGUUACCCCCUCUGCUCCUGUCUCAGUGUCAGCUGGUAGUGGGGGCGGAGGGAGAGGAGGGAGAGCAGCAGCAGCAGGAGAGGGGAAGAGGGGCCGAGGCCGUUCUAGGGGGGCCCGUGGUCCCAACAGUAACAAUAGCCCUUCUAAUAACCCGUCUGGUAACCCUUCUGGUAACCCUUGUAACAUCCCUUCUGGUAAUUGCAGCAGCAGCGGCGCUGGUGCUGGUACGGGUAACACUACUAGCAGCAGCAACAGCCAUGCAGCUUUCAACAGCAGCAGUGUGAGCGUAAAGGGCGCUACUGCAGCUGGCGUGACAGCUGGCAUGACAGCUGGCAUGCCAUCUGGCAUGACAGGCACUAACGUGACUAGCUUGGCUGACUCCCAGGGGCCCACUGCACCAUCAACGCUGGGGGGCCUCCUCCCCAUGUUUUCACUGCAACAAGCGGGCACGGGUGCAGGUGCAGGCGCGGGUGUGGGCGUGGGUGCGGGCGUGGGUGCAGGCGCGGGUGCAGGCGUGGGUGCCGGCCACUCCCACACAUCCAGUGCAGGCCGUACAGAGUCCAAGACCCGAAGGGUCGAGUUUUGCUUCUGAGAAUCCUCAAGGACAAAACACAAUGCAGGGCGUCCAGAGUCCAAGUCUCCAAGGUUCGAGAUUCAAAGCGCCUUUAACAACCGGAAGCCGGG